GAGAGUAAUCUCCCAUAUUGAUGUGUUGAUCUAGCAGCACUCAUUGUCGAAGUUUGCUGUUCACUCUCUUUUUACUGGGAAAAUUAGAGUAAUUUCAAUAAUUGAGUUUUAAGUGACCGAGAACUGACCUAGAGUGACCGCGGCCUUAUAUAAAGUAUACAUUUUAAAAGCGCUUGAAUUAGAUCGACCACUUUCAGAUGCAACAUAAAGUUAUUAUUUGAUUAUCUGCACAGUAAAUGAAAGCCAAUGAAAAUGUUUUUUAAAAAAGCCAAUGUAGUUUUGAGAUUAAUAAACAACUUGCAAAAAAUUCCACUCUGCCAAAAACGACUUCUUUUAACAGGCAGCUGUGUUGAUAUUUCUCAUGGGUUGGAAGAGGAACAGAAACAAAUACAACAGGUUGCAUUGGACUUUGCUAAAAAUGAGCUUGCCCCCAACAUGCAAAAAUGGGAUGAAGAGGAAAUUUUCCCAGUUGAUACAAUGCGUAAGGCUGCAACACUUGGGUUUGGCGCUGUUUAUUGUGAUGAAAAGUAUGGAGGUACAGGGCUGACUCGCCUUGAUGCCUCUGUUAUAUUUGAGGCUCUGGCCACUGGAUGCUGCAGCACUACAGCUUAUAUUAGCAUACACAAUAUGUGUGCCUGGAUGAUAGAUGAAUUUGCAAAUGAGGAACUGUGUAAAAAGUGGAUACCUUCACUAGCCACAAUGGAACAUUUUGCUUCUUACUGUCUUACUGAACCAGGUGCUGGAAGUGAUGCAGCUUCCUUGACUACCUCCGCCAAGAAAGUUGGCUCUGAUUAUAUUAUAAAUGGUGCUAAGGCAUUUUUUAGUGGUAGUGGUAGAUCCAAUAUAUAUCUUGUGAUGUGUCGAACUGGGGAGCUUGGUGCCAAAGGUGUGUCUUGUAUUCUUGUAGAGAAUGGUACACAAGGACUUUCAUUUGGCAAGAAAGAAAAGAAAGUUGGGUGGAACUCGCACCCUGCUAGUAUCGUCUCUUUUGAUGACUGCCGAGUCCCUCAGAGCAAUUUGGUGGGAGCUGAAGGCCAAGGAUUUAACAUUGCUAUGAAAGGUCUUAAUGGAGGAAGGCUAAAUGUAGCAUCAAGUUCUCUAGGUGCAGCCCACUCAGCUUUAUCAAAGGCCCGUGACCAUAUGAAAGUGAGAAAACAAUUUGGCAAGACUUUGGACAGUUUUCAGUAUUUGCAAUUUCGUCUAGCCGAAAUGGCCACGCAGCUAGUGGCGUCACGGUUGAUAGUUAGAAACGCUGCUAAAGCUUUAGAUAAUAAAGAUGUCAGUGCAGUAGCACUGUGCUCCAUGGCAAAGCUUUUUGCUACAGAAGAAUGUUUCAAGAUUUGUAAUGAUGCAAUGCAAAUUUUUGGUGGCUAUGGUUAUUUGAAGGACUACCCCGUACAGCAAUAUAUGCGAGAUACCAGAGUUCAUUGUAUAUUAGAAGAAGCUGUGUAUGAUGAUUACGGGCUGGAGAUGAUUAAUGUAGUUAAAACGGCUAUCGAGAAGGGAACUCAGUUUGAUCGCCUUUAAGGAAAGAUGACCAUCUAUGGCGACGUACGCAUCUACCGAUGGGCCCUUGCACUACAGGAAUUAGCCUGUACUGGGAAACAUAUCAAGGGAACUGAGAACUUUGUAGCAAUCUAUCAAGAGUGUUUUACGACAACUAGUGUAUAUGAUAUUGAGAAAUUUAUUAUUGUUGGAGAUAGUAUGAUUAUGUUAAGGAAUUUACUAUUGGGGCAUUAUAAUAUGAUUAUAUUGAGAAAUGUUUGAGAAAGGUAUUACUGAUGCAGUAUAGAAUGAUUAUGCUGAUCAAUUUUUUUAUUGCGGCUUCUCACAUGUAUCUUUAUAGGUUGAGAUAGUCAGACCACGAGCUUGGUGCCCGGCCGGAGAAAAACCAUAGUCCACUCUCAGGACCGAAUUGUUCAAGCUGGAUGCGAGCCACAAUCUGGACCAAACUAUCCAGGCUGGAUACACGCCACACUCUGGACCAAACUGUCCAGGCUGGAUACAAGCCACACUCUGGAUCAAACUGUCCAGGCUGGAUACACGCCACACGGUCAAAACGAGGCUUCCUAAGGACUAAAGAAUAAAUAGUCAAGCUCGGGCACCAACAGUGGCUAAUGGAACAAGAAAUAUUUGAUCUCUUUGAAGAAAAAGAGAUCUGAAGGUGGAGGGGAGGGAUGUUACGUCCCUUACAUGUCCCCUGCUUGUGUGUGUGUGUGUGUGUUGCGUGCUGGAACGACAGGUACCCUCCCUUUGGUGUAUAGUUGUAUCCCUUGGUUGAGUGUGUUUACAUGGAGCGAGAGGUGUUCACGUGAGGUGUGUCAGGUGACGGGUGUCAGAGCGUGUGCCAGUGUGUGAAUCAGUUAGUUGUAGUGUGGCUGUGGACGUGGAACGUGGAACGUGGUGUUGAGUAUUGUAUUUAUGUUGUAGACCCCUUUUGAUCCUUUUAUUAUUUUAGUACUGUAUAUAUUAUUAAAUAUCUUAUUAUUAUUGUUAUUA